GAUGAGGAGCACACGGCAUCCCUUCCAGUUGGAGACCGUCUGGCUGGACAAGUGGAGGUUCGACGAGGCGGAAAGGUUGUUCUACGAAGCCGGGCAGAGGCGCCCGGAGGCCGGGGUUGGUCCGCCCGCGCCAGACGGGAUGGGCAAGAAAAGGCAGGAGAAGUGCGCCCCGCGGUGCAGGCCGGUGGUGGUGAGGGAAGCUGACCGGCGCUGGGUUGAAGAGGAGGCGGCAGCGGGCGACUCUGGGACUCCGGCCCGUGAACGGCGGCCUGCCGUGGCCUGCCAUCACCUGGUGGCCGGGGUCUGGAUCAACAGGAGCAUCUUCGACGAGGCCGAGCUCCUGUUCCUUACCCGUUCCCAAGCACGGGCAGUGCCGCGCUCUCUCCCCAUCUCCAGCUCCCGCCGGAGCCCGAAGCUGCGGCCCACCCCAGACGAGGGCUACGCCAGCGUUGGUGCCACGCCGGUGACCCCGGCUACACCCGGCCCCCGGGGGAACGGGACAUCCACCACCGUGCCCAUCUACUGCCCACCAGCCCGCGAGGUGUGGUUGGAGAAGCCGCGGCCCACCCCGGACGAGGGCUACGCCAGCGUCGGCGCCACGCCGGUGACCCCGGCUACACCCGGCCCCCGGGGGAACGGGACAUCCACCACCGUGCCCAUCUACUGCCCACCAGCCCGCGAGGUAUGGCUGGAGAAGCCGCGGCCCACCCCAGACGAGGGCUACGCCAGCGUUGGUGCCACGCCGGUGACCCUGGCUACACCCGGCCCCCAGGGGAACGGGACAUCUCCCAGUGCUGGCGUCUACCACCCACCAGCCCGCGAGGUGUGGUUGGAGAAGCCGCGGCCCACCACAGACGAGGGCUACGCCAGCGUUGGAGCCACGCCGGUGACCCCGGCUACACCCGGCCCCCAGGGGAACGGGACAUCCACCACCGUGCCCAUCUACUGCCCACCAGCCCGCGAGGUGUGGCUGGAGAAGCCGCGGCCCACCCCAGACGAGGGCUACGCCAGCGUUGGUGCCACGCCGGUGACCCUGGCUACACCCGGCCCCCAGGGGAACGGGACGUCUCCCAGUGCUGGCGUCUACCACCCACCAGCCCGCGAGGUGUGGUUGGAGAAGCCGCGGCCCACCACAGACGAGAGUUACGCCAGCGUUGGUGCCACGCCGGUGACCCCGGCUACACCCAACCUCCAGGGGAACGGGCCAUCUCCCACCGUGCCCAUCUACUGCCCACCAGCCCACGAGGUGUGGCUGGAGAAACCGCUGCCCAUCCUGGAUGAGGGCUACGCCAGCGUUGGUGCCACGCCGGUGACCCCGGCUACACCCGGCCCCCAGGGGAACGGGCCAUCUCCCACCGUGCCCAUCUACUGCCCACCAGCCCACGAGGUGUGGCUGGAGAAGCCGCGGCCCAUCCUGGAUGAGGGCUACGCCAGCGUCGGUGCCACGCCGGUGACCCCGGCUACACCCGGCCCCCCGGUUAGUGGGACGCCCAUCCACCGCCCACCUGCCCGCGAGGUGUGGCUGGAGAAGCCGCUGUACGACGAGGCAGAGCGGCUCUACCACGAGGGGCGGGCGGUGCCGAGAGACGGCCCGCACCGCAGUGGCGCAGCACCGCCACCAACACCUCGCGCCAUGGACCCCGGUCCCGGCCCCUCGCCCAAACCCUGCCCACCUCCGGCAUCGGCCCAUCACCACCUCAUCCAUCAGGACAAUGAGCCGGUGUGGUUCAACAAAGCCGCCCACGAUGCUGCAGAACUGCGCCACCACCUGCCCGACAGCCGGGAAAUGGCCGACAAAACCCAGGAGCUGCCGUCUGUCCCUCCACCAGCACCACCCACAGAGAGAACUAGCCCUGCACCUCGCUCUCCCAGGACUCAGGAUAAGACCAUGGCAGUUAACGUUCUAGCAAACGAGAAUAUCUGGUUUGACAAAUGCAAGUAUGACGACGCGGAGAUGAAGUACUACAGCGAGAUGCACGAUUCAGUUCCUGCCAACACCCCCGUACAGAAUACAGCGUGGAAUCCACCAGCCACACAGGAGAAUGGAGCGAGUAACAUCCUUCGAGACAUUGCCAGAGCCAGGGAGAAUAUCCAGAAGUCACUGGCCGGAGUCUCGUCUGUUCGGGAGGCCGGAGGAGAAACAGCCCAUGAUAGCACCGACCCAGUCUCGGCCCAUAGUGCCCUGCAGGGUGGAGAUGGGGAGCUGUGCGCCCGGGUCACUACCUUGGAGAAGGAGAACCUCGGCCUACACAAUGAGGUGGAGAAGCUGAGGUUGACACUGUCCAAGUUGGAGCUCCGUCUCUCAACCAUGGAGAAAUCCUUGGGUGGCAGCAAGCCCGCGGUGUGCCCCCCCGCACCCACCCGCGCCCAGCCCGCAGCCCAGCAGCCGGUGGAGGAUGGUGACGAUGACAUCGACCUGUUCGGGAGCAGUGAUGAGGAGGACAGCAGGGAGAGCGAGCGUGUCCGUGAUGAACGACUACGCCAGUACGCGGUGAAGAAAUCCAACAAGCCCGCCCUGGUGGCCAAGUCCUCCAUCCUGCUGGACGUCAAACCCUGGGACGAUGAGACGGACAUGGGCAAGCUGGAGGAGUGCGUGCGUACGGUGCUGAUGGACGGGCUGGUGUGGGGAGCCUCCAAGCUAGUGCCCGUGGGCUACGGCAUCAAGAAGCUGCAGAUCCAGUGUGUGGUGGAGGACGACAAAGUUGGCACCGACCAGCUGGAGGAGGGAAUCACCAAGUUUGAGGACUACGUGCAAAGUGUUGACGUUGCUGCCUUUAACAAAGUCUAAAGUCUGCCUGCACUCCCUGAGUUACUGACAAAUAAAGGAAUCCUGUGCUGAAACCAA